UGUCACAGCUGUCAACCAGGAGCUUGAAUGAGCCACUCGCGAUUAGAGACAGAGACGUGGACAGCUUAGUUACCGAGCAUUCUAGGGAUGUGUCCUGCUGUCAGCUGGGGAUAUCGGUACCUAGGGAUCUCUUCUAGACGACUGCUGCUUUCGCUCCACAAUGGUGGUGUGGUUCAUGAAAACCCUUCACAGACUCGUCAUGCUGACCGGAGUUGCUGACUCAGAUCCGUCGUCGCAUGACGUGUCCGUGAAGGGUUUCCCUGCCUCCUGUCGUCCGCGAGUCGAAGCCUCGUUUCAAGCUGGAGGCCUUGAGGCCGACGACUUCCGCCACGGCGCCUUGGAAAUUAACGACGCUGUCGGUGGCGUUACCGCCACGCGACGUGGCGUCAAUACAUUCGUCCUGAUGGCCGAGGGUAUCAGCGAUUAGAACGGCAGCUACCUCGUACACGUUGUGCAUCCAGUCGACUCACGGAUUAUAUCACUUACACGUUGCGUCGACUCACGUUGAUCUACAGACCAUCCCUGCUUCAUCGAAGUUUUCUUCCCCUCCACGCGGAUUGACUAUUCACGUGGUUCAAUAUCACGUGGAGAGACUCGAUCCAUGGCUGCUUGUCUCUCCACGAAUCCGCGCCUCCUCUUCAAAACCGUUAAGCUUAACUCCCCAGCGCUUACCCGCAAGAGUCGCGUUUUCCCAUCGCGGCGAAGCAUGGUGCGGUCCAAUGCCGAGGGAACUAACGUCAAGAGUCAGAGCUCUGUUAAGAAGGAGCGGCAGCUGACGAGCGAGGAGCACUGGGCGUGGCACGCGCCGCACAUCCGCCACUGGCACGGCGAGUGGAAGAUCUGGAAGCCCGUGGAGGGCGACGCGCUGCAGAAAUCGUUCAGAUCCGUCCGUUCGUUCCAGUUUAAGGAUGAUGAGAAGUCAGCUUUCGACCACGUGAACGACUGGUACGAGGAGAAGGGGGAUCUCACCAUGACUCCUUUAUCAGGGGUAACUUGGGAAAUUACCCGCCAGGACCACAGCCUGCCUGACGGCAUCAUGCAUCCUGCGCGCCCGUCUCACCGCGUGCUGUGCGUCAAUCCCAAGGGCGAGGGCGCGUGGGUGCAGCAGCAGUUCAAGGGGCCCCAGGAAGGGCUGUACCUCGAGGUCUUCUUCAGCAACGGUCCUGAGGCUCAGCUGAGCGUCCCAUUUGGCUUCGAUGCUAAGGGAACCUUCCUGGCCUCCCUGAUUGUGGAGGACUCUGCAGAUUCGAAGGAGCGCCCGGAUCCAGCUUGGAAGAGCCAGGCCUGGGCCUCGCCUGUCCCAGAUGUUCUCCCUAAAGAGUUUCCCUCUUUUAUCUCCACGGAUCAGAUUGCAGGAAUUGAACAAAAGAUAACACCGGAACUGGUAGCGUCAGAAUCUAUUGCGUUGUGGGACGGUUAUUGCAGGAGGAUUGCAGAUGAUGAUGUGGUGGAGUACACGCUGAUAGCAAUUCCGCUGGGCAUAGUGCUGUGUGUUCCCAGGAGCCUUCAUCUCGUGGUGGGGAAGCCUUUCAGCAUGUCUGCCACGUGGCAUGUGAGCAGGCACGAGGUGACGAGGGUGAUGGCUUCUUACUCCGAGAGUGGUGAGCUUCUAGAGCUCUCCAGGGGUGAUUACACCCACUGAAUGUAGAGUGGAUGUGUGUUUAGCUUCAGCCUGUCAGCCUUGCAGCAUGUGAGCAGGCGCGCGGUGGAGUGCGUGAUUGCUUGCUAUGUACCCUGAAAUGGAAAUGUACGGUAGGGCUUUCUCUGGAGGUGUUCUUUACACUCACUAUCGAAGAGAGUAGUUACCAUGCCAUGUAGGUGAGUGUAAA